CACAUUUUUUCCGCCCCCCUCACAUAAGCUAAUCAAAACCCGGCACUAAUACCGAACAAAUCAAAACAAAAGGAAUAAAAAAAUAAGGGUGGUAGGCUACGCAUUAUUUAACUUUCCCCAGUGGACUAUUAUGUUUGGUUCAUUUCCUUGUAAAUGCAUGGAUAAUUUCGUUUGUAUUUUCACUCUUUAAUUUCCUCACUAUAAAUACAAGUAGAACACCUCUUAUUGCUUCACAAAACAAACUCAAACUAAACCAUUAUAUCUCUCCAUCCUUUUUCUCUUUUAUAUAUAUACUCCAAUAUACAAUGGUAACUUCCCUAGUGUUCAACGUUACAAGGCGGGCCGCGGAGCUAGUCCCUCCUUCAGGGCCAACCCCAUACGAGUUGAAGGAGCUUUCCGACAUCGAUGACCAAGACGGCCUCCGGUUUCAAAUCCCGGUAAUUCAAUUCUACCGGAACGGGGACGAGCAUCCUGGAGGGUUUGGCCUCAAAGGGCGGGACCCGGCCAGGGUGAUCAAGGAGGCUGUGUCAAAGGCGUUGGUGUCGUACUACCCCUUCGCGGGGCGGUUAAGGGAGAAAGCCGGGAGGAAAUUGGUGGUGGAGUGUAAUGGGGAAGGGAUCAUGUUUGUAGAGGCGGAUGCUGAUAUUAGUCUUAAGGAUUUUGGGGAGGCACUUCAACCACCUUUUCCUUGUUUGGAAGAGCUUAUCUAUGAUGUCCCUGGUUCUACUGGUGUCUUAGAUUCCCCUUUGAUUCUCAUCCAGGUGACCCGACUCAAAUGUGGUGGGUUCAUACUAGCACUCCGGUUGAACCACACAAUGGCUGAUGCUCCGGGUCUAGUCCAAUUCAUGAGCGCAAUAGCUGAACUUGCUCGUGGAGCCAAAUCACCGUCAAUUCAGCCCGUAUGGGAGCGUCACCUUCUAAGCGCUAGGGAUCCUCCUCGAGCAACCUGUGAGCACCGCGAGUAUGAAGAGGUAGCGGACACGAAUGGCACCAUUAUUCCACUAGAUGACAUGGUUCACAAGUCCUUUUUCUUUGGGCCCACCGAGAUAGCGGCUCUAAAGCGAUUCGUCCCGCCACACCUAAAAUCAUCAACAUUUGAAAUUCUCACAGCAUGUCUCUGGAGAUGCCGUACGAUUGCCCUACAACCCGACCCGGAAGAAGUAGUACGAAUUAUGUGCAUUGUCAACUCUCGUGCCCUAUUCAACCCACCUCUUCCUUCGGGUUUUUACGGCAACGCCUUUGCUUUUCCGGUAGCCAUUUCCUCCGCCGGGAAGCUUUCUAGCAACCCGGUUGGAUAUGCCUUGGAACUCGUUAAAAAAACAAAGGCUGACGUCUCACAAGAGUACAUGAGGUCACUUGCUGACCUCAUGGUCCUUAAAGGUAGGCCACACUUCACCGUGGUCCGAACCUUUGUGGUCUCUGACGUGACACGAGCCGGAUUUGCUGAUCUGGACUACGGAUGGGGCCCACCCGCUUAUGGUGGGCCCGCUAAAGGUGGGGUCGGAGCUAUACCCGGAGUUGCGAGUUUUUACAUUCCGUUUAAGAAUGGGAAAGGAGAGAAAGGGAUUGUGGUUCCACUUUGUUUGCCUGGUAAUGCUAUGGAGAUCUUUAUUAAGGAGCUAAACGGGUUGUUAUGUGAUGUUCCGGAGCAUCCAAUUGCUAGUUCUGGAUCUUCCUGUUUCAUUUCUUCUUCCUUGUGAGGGCUCUUAAAGUGUGUACGUGGUAGUAAAAAAAAAAAAGCUAGUCAAAUAAAAUGAGUAAGAGGACUUGUUGUCAAUCACUCUUGCUUGGUGGAAGAAAUUUUGUAAUACUUCGUAUAAAAUUGGGGUGAAAUUGUGAAUUAAAGUAUUAUGGAGUUUACGUAAGAUAUGAUACUAGUUGUUUUUUUGUCCAA